AUGGAGAGGAUGAUUAUUUUCUGUAUGCUUUUCUUCUGUUCCAGUAUGGCGCUCACUGCAGCUUCACCAAAAACAGUAAAAUACAGACAGCUUUUAAAGGCAAUUCGACAGUUAGAAAUGACUGUGAAAGAUAAGGAUGUGGAAUUGCUGUAUACACCAGAAAACCCUGUGGAUGAAUGCCUUUCAACAGCUGUGACCUGCUUCCAGAGUGGCACACUGAAAUUACAACCAGAAAACAGCCAAGUAAAUUCCACCUUCACCCAUGCCGUUAAAGCUUUUAAAAGAUUAAUCCUCAGCGACUCUGGAAAGCGGUGCGAGUCUUCAUGUGAAUCUUAUGAGAAAAAAACUCCCAAAGAGUUUCUGAAGAGCUUUGAAAAACUAAUCCAAAAG